GGACACUGUGUGAUCAGGCAUUUAGAUUUCAUUGAUCAUUACCAGCCUCAAGGGAACACUCUCGACGCAUCAUGGAGACAGGAAAGCAACUGACGGGUACACUGGCUAUCGCAGUGUUCACAGCAGCUCUGGGUUCCCUGCAGUUCGGAUACAGUCUAGGAGUCAUCAAUGCACCCCAGAAGGUCAUUGAGAAGCACUAUGCUCUGUCUUUGGGCGUGUGGUCCGAGAGGUCAGCACUGCCAGAAAACAUCACAGAGGGAGAAAGUCCCCCAGAGGAACAAAAGCAUCCUUCCGUGGUCAUGUACUGGUCACUGUCAGUGGCCAUCUUCUCCAUUGGCGGGAUGGUGUCCUCCUUCCUGGUGGGAUUUAUCGGAGACUUUAAAGGAAGGGUGAAGGGCAUGCUGAUGGUCAACGUUCUGGCAGUAGCGGCUGGACUGCUGAUGGGUCUGUCCAGGAUGUGGAAGCCCCACAUCAUGGUCAUCACGGGCCGCGCCAUCAUGGGCUUCUACUGUGGUUUAACAUCCGGAUUGGUACCGAUGUAUAUUGGAGAAAUUGCACCUAAAGCUUACAGAGGAGCUCUGGGGACGUUACAUCAGUUGGCCAUUGUCAUUGGCAUCCUACUCAGCCAGGUAAUAGGUUUGGAUUUUAUUCUUGGUAACGAUGAAAUGUGGCAUGUGCUGCUUGGUCUGUCCGGAGCUCCUGCGAUAUUACAGUCCAUUUUGUUGCCGCUUUGCCCGGAGAGUCCACGCUACCUUUACAUCCUGCUGGGCAAAGAGCAGGAAGCCCGGAAAAGUCUGCAUCGUCUAAAGGGGGCGUAUGAUCCUGCUCACGAUCUGGAAGAAAUGAGGAGGGAGAAGGAAGAAGCAGACAAAGAGCUGAGGGUGUCCAUCCGUUCUUUGAUCUUCUCCUCUGUAUAUAGGCAGCAGCUGUUUGUUGCCCUCAUGAUGCACCUUUCACAGCAGCUGUCUGGCAUUAACGCAAUCUUCUACUACUCUACAGACAUUUUUACCCAAGCUGGUGUCAGUCAGCCAGUCUAUGCCACGAUCGGAGUGGGGGUCAUCAACACGGUCUUUACUUUGGUGUCUGUUGCACUGGUGGACAGAGCCGGGAGGCGCACUCUGACUCUGGUUGGUCUGGGAGGGAUGGGCUGCUGUGCUGUUGCCAUGACAGUGGGUCUCAAAUUCCAGAAUGACUACUCCUGGAUGAGUUACGUCAGCAUGGCAGCCAUCUUUCUGUUUGUAAGCUUCUUUGAGGUUGGCCCCGGUCCUAUUCCUUGGUUCAUAGUGGCUGAACUGUUCAGCCAGGGGCCUCGGCCGGCCGCCAUCGCCCUCGCAGGCUGCUGCAACUGGACCAGUAACUUUAUCAUUGGCAUGACCUUCCCAUACAUACAGGCUUGGAUGGGCUGCUAUGUGUUCAUCCUGUUUGCCGUGUUGCUUCUCUGUUUCACCAUAUUUAUUUACUUCCGGGUUCCUGAGACCAAGGGCAAAACGUUUGAGGAGAUUGCCGCCGUCUUCCAAAAGAAAAAGGGGAUCCCCAAAGACAAUGCUGAACUGGAGCAGCUCAAAUCGUCCAGCGAUGCUUAAGGCAGCAGCAGCUACGGUGACUGCACGGUAACAGUGCUACCAACUGUUCCACCGUGCAUCCCAAAGAGGUCAAAACCUCUUGACCUGAUUCACAUUAUCGAGUUACAACAAUACACUCUAAAGUGUUUUAUUGGUAAUGUAUAUGAUAGACUGACUGAAAUUAGAGCAUAAUCGUAAAGGGAAAAGGCGGAUAUGAUUGGUUCUACAAUUUUGUUUUGCUUAUCAAAUAAUUGUGUGACCUGCAUUUGUAUUCAGCCCCCUUGAUUAACUCUUUGCUGAAUUGUUUAUGAUGCAAUCUGACUGACCACAAUAUUGUGGCCCUGCAAAAAAGAAAGGGCCACAAUAUUGUGGUCAGUCAGAUUGGAUGACGAGCAACUUUAAAAAUCAGUUUUUUAGCAUGAAGCUAAUUAACUUCAUGCUAACUAUGAAGUUAAUUAGCAUGAACCUAACUAACUUCAUGCUAACUUCAUGCUUUGUGAUGUUGGUUCUUCAAUAUUAAUUUCUAGGAAACCUCUGAGGCCUUCUCAUAACAGUUUAAUUUAUAGAUAUUUAUUGCUUAAGUGAUUUUUUAAUUAGGUGUUUUAAAGUAAACGGGGCUGAAUACAAUUACAAACAAACAGUUUUUACAUGUUUAUAGUAGCGCUGUGUAUUGUUUUACUUCCACGUCACUGUUAAUCACUACUUUGUGUCACCCUAUCUCAUAAAAUCCCAGUUAUUUAAAAGUUUGUGUUUGUAACAAGACAAAAUAUUUUCCAAGAAGUACCAUUUGUUAAGGACAUUUAAUAUAUAUGCCUUACCCAAUCCCCCCACUUUUUUUUUUUACUACACAACGGCAUCAGUUAAAUUUCACAAUGUUUACAUGUAACCGAGUUAAAAUUUUUACUACAGUAAUGAAAGUAAAAGUUUACUAUUAUAAGUGUUUUACAAUGACAACAAACCAUAUACCCACCAUAGGUGGGAGAAAAGUUAUAAAGCCAGUUAAAGCUAACAUAAAAUGGAAACAACACAUAGCAACAGUAAUAUGUACAUUAAUCAAUACAUUUGAGUCUCAAAGAAAAACUGCAAAACGGUUGUUGAAGGAGUAAGGACACUAUGAGCAAAAACUGUGCCAGCUCCAAUUACAGCAUUGUUAGCUUGUGUUAUGUGAUCAGCAAUAAAGUCGGUCUAAAUGAGGGAUAAUAUAAAAAGCAUAAAAACUGGAAGGCAAAGCCGACAAGUAAAUGAAUUACACCGCUCUGUGUAAAAUCUCCUGCAAAAUUUGACAGGAUUCUUCCCUGUGUUGAAGAUUUUGAUAAAACUUCUACUUAGUCAGUGGAGUCAAAUGCAGUUUACUUGAACAGCUUCAAUAUUUGAAAUUUUUAAAAAAAAUAGAAAAAAAAUAUUUUUUUUCACCUAAUUUGGUGCUUGAGGGUUGUGGUUUUCCAAGGGAAAGAUAUAAUUUGAAUUGAAGUUGAAAUGGAAAUUUUUUGAGUAACAUUCCAGAGAUUCUACUGUCUUGUAAGAUUUGGGAGCAAAGUUCAGAAGCUUUUCUCAAAUCUUUUUAAGAGACCUAUUACGUUACUGCUUGCUAGAAAAGGACACACCUCUCCGAAGAUUGCAACUCAAUGUGAGGGUGGAGCAAUGCCUGCGCCACCCUCUGGAUCAAACAAGAAAGAUAAUGCACGGUUCUGUUUAACAAGUGAGGCAGAAUUUUUAAAUUGUUCUAAAGUAUCAUAUUAAUUGAAAUAAAAUUUUAUUUCACAAUAAUAUUGCAAUCUUAGGAGCAACAAGGUAAAUGCUGAUCAUUAUCAGACAAAAAAACAGAUUUUUUAUUUUAUUUAUUAUGUUAAAUCAGCUCUGAAUGUAUGUUUAUUAUUCAACAAAGAAAAACUUUCAGGGUAUCUUUGGACAUUUUCCGACUUCAAACAAGCUUUAAAAAAUGUCUUAUGCAGUAUCGAUGUCAGAAGAAAACACUAUUUUGUACUUCAAACUUGUGACCUUUCAGGCAUGUAGUUAUAUCACUUUAUCUUUAUAUAAUAUAAAAAACACGUGAAAAUGUAAGCUUUCAGUAUUUCUUGUUCUGUAUGAAAAAACAAUAAAAGCAUUUCUAUUGUGCUUCACUAGCUUUACUUAGUAGGUUUACUUGUCAUUUCCCAGUUUUAUAAAUGUAAUGAUACACCCAAUAGUAUUAAUAUCUUUGACACUUUUACUUUUAUACUUUGGUUUUUAUAUUACAAGUGUAUAUUUCUAUUGUUUUGAUGAUUAUGGAAAACCCAGAGUUAAGACUGCUGAUAAAUAACAUCAGGAUCUCUGUAGCACUUUGUGUUUCCCAUCAGCAGAAGGGAACAUGAAGUACUUUAAAGUUUGCUGGUAGAGGCUGACUUUGGACUUGAAAAACACAGUGAACCAAGAUUAAAAGACUGAAAUUGU